UAUUUUUUCACACCCUAAAAAGUGAUUUACAGUAGAAUUUCCAUUUCUUCUGUUAUGUUAAUGUCAGAUGCAGCGAAGGAGAGGACCCCGCCUCCACCUCUCUCUCUCUCUCUCUCUCUUUCUCUCUCUCUGUGCCUGCCACAAUGGGAUUUCCAUUUCACUGCAAUUUGCAUGCAAGCUUUGUUGCAACCCCGAUUUGCCUUUUUCCUACGUGACAGGCUUGCUGCCAUACACGCACUCACACACACAAUCUCUCUCUCUCUCUCUCUCUCAUCCUUUUUGUGCCUAUACGUGUGCGAAGAUUCCCUCUAUCGUAAUCUGCAGUGAGCACCACUAUCAUCGCCACUACUUGGACUUCUGCUGCAGAUAAAACUAGCUCUCGCGCUUAUAACGGAAAAGCUGCCCCAAAAUUCUUUUUAUCCCUCGUUCCUCUUUUUCAUCUAGGAAGGCUGUAUGUUGAAUAGGUGCAAGUGAUGGGAGUCUCGAAUUCCCGGUUGGAAGAAGACAAGAGCCUGCAGCUCUGCCGCGCUAGGAAGAAAUUCAUCAAACAAGCACUUAAUGGCAGGUGUUCCCUUGCAGCAGCUCACACUGCUUAUAUUGAGGAAUUGAAAAUCAUAGGAGCUGCUUUGAGAAGAUUUGUGGAACCUGAUCAGCUUCAGCUUGAAUUUUUAGCCUAUCCUGCAACAAGUGCUACUCCUCAGCCACUUGCUUUGACUGAGAAGCCUGUCACUCGAUUAUCUCUCGCGUCUCCGUCUCAAUCACAACACGUAGAUGCUCAGCUGCCAUCCCCAAGCCAGUACCAGGCUCAUCCUAUGAAGUUUACAGGGACGGUUUCCAGAAAAAUCGAAGAAAAGCCUCCUGUGCCUGUUGUGGUUUCGGUUGAUUCAACAACUACUCCUCCAGGCGCGGUUUCGUCUUUUGAAACCCCAUCAGAUAACCCUCCAUGGGAUUACUUUGGCCUGUUCCACCAUGUGGACAAUGAGUAUUCUGCAGUGGAUCAGGGUUCAGAGUUCUCUGAUGAGAUUAGGCAUCUUGGGGAAGAGGAAGGAAUUCCUGAUUUGGAGGAUGUACGGGUGAGUUCAUCCUCAGAAGAAACGCAUGAAUCAGAAGAAGAAUUUGAUGAACCCCCUAUAGCUUCACUUGUUAGGAGUUUUAAAAAUGUUAACGCUGCCGCAGAGGGUGUCGGCAAUGGUGAGUCAGAGUCAGCCAUUAGUACAGAAUCAGAAACCAAGCAUAAUGUGAAUGAAAGGAAUGUUGGUGUUGUAGUGCCGGAGACCAAUUCUGCAAAUGGGAGAAAAGUUAAUCCUCCUGAUUUAUCGCCUCGUAGCAAUGAUGUGGAAACUACAGCAGAUGGAGGAAGUGCAGUUGAAGACAAGGUUGCGCCUAAGGACUUCUAUGCUAGCAUCAAUGACAUUGAACAGCUUUUUGUGAAAGCAUCUGAAUCUGGAAAAGAAGUUCCACGGAUGCUUGAAGCAAAUAAAUUCCAUUUCCGUCCAGUUUUGACUGGGAGAGAACGUAGGUUAGCAGCUGCAUCACUACUAAAAUCUUGUCUCUCUUGUGGGAAAGAUCCAAGAGAGGUUCAACAAGAGACUUCUCAAAAUUCUAUUAAGUACUUAACAUGGCACCGGACAGCAUCAUUUCGUUCUCUAUCAUCCCGGAAUCUUCUAGCUGCGAACUCCAAUGGUAAUAUUGCUGAUCCUAGUAACACUCUAUUCGACAACUUCUGCAUGGUCUCUGGAAGUCAUGCCUCAACCUUAGAUAGGCUUUACGCAUGGGAGAAGAAACUCUAUGACGAAGUUAAGGCUAGUGAGGCACUUCAAAGUAGUUUUGAACAGAAGUGCAAGCUUCUUCGACAGAGAGAAUCACGCGGAGAGAAUACUGAAAAGACUCGUGCAGCAGUCAAAGAUCUACAUUCAAGAAUUACAGUGGCUAUUCACAGAAUCAACUCAAUCUCAAAGAAAAUAGAAGUUAUUAGAGAUACCGAGCUUCAGCCACAGCUCGAGGAGUUAAUUGAGGGGUUAAGGAAGAUGUGGGAAACGAUGAUGGAAUGCCACAAGCUACAAUUACUCAUCAUUUCGAUAUCUCAUGCCCCCGGAAGCACAAGAUUGAAAAUGCAGUCAGAUUCACAAAGGCAGAUUACCAUCCAUCUCGGUUACAGACUCAGCUCUUUAUCAUCCAGCUUCACGAAAUGGAUCAGCGCCCAGAAAAUCUACGUGGAAGCCAUCGACAAGUGGCUCUUCAAGUGCGUCUCGCUUACACAGAAGAAACCUUCCAAGAGGAACAGAAGGUCGAGGCCUCCAUCCAUGAGACACUGCGGGCCGCCUAUAUACAUGAUAUGUGGUGUCUGGUUGGAAAUGAUCGACGGCUUGCCUUCAAAAGGGGUUGCCGAUUCUAUCAAGGAACUGGCUGCAGAAGUUGCUCAGUUUCUGCCUCGUCAAGACAAGAAGCAGGGCAGAACCAACAGAAGUGAGGCUGCUGCAACCGAUACGUUGAGAGAUGUAGACGACGUUGUGCCUCGUUUGGACCGUGUUAGGACGAGCUUGGAAGGUUUUCUUUCGAAACUAAACAGCUUCGCAGAGUGUUCGCUGGGGAUGUUUACUCAACUGCAGAAGGCCACCCAAGAUGCCAAGAAGAACUAUGAACAGUUUAUGUCCCAACGAUCACAGGUUUUGGUCUGAAUUCGGCAACUAUAUAUAUUGUUAUAAGGUAUAGCAUGUAUGGAUGCACGUUGUAUAUGAAUAAUGAAUAAACGGUAUAGGAAAUUUAUUCCGGUGUAUGUGCACACAGGGGAUUCUUUUUUAUUUAUUUUUUACUUGGGAGAGGGUCGGCGAGAUUUGAACCUUA